CUUUUAAAUAAGGCUAAGAAUGACUUUGAUAGGGGGAAAAGAUAGUUAUAUUUUCGUGUAUGAUGUUAGGAAAUUUAGAGCCUUGGCCUGAAUUUUAGUUUUUUCCUUCUACAAACGACCCCGAUCCUUGCCACUUGCUCCGGAUCCGGAACUUACGGUGAGCGUCCCCGAGCGUCUGAUCCCCAGCAGAGGAGGCGGCGGCUGGUGGUUGGGAUCGGUCUUUGCUUUUUCUGGCUCGAGCGACUUGGACCGCGGUGACGCAUCAUGUUUUCCUUCAACAUGUUUGAUCACCCAAUUCCCCGGGUCUUCCAAAACCGGUUUUCAACUCAGUACCGCUGCUUCUCCGUGUCCAUGCUCGCAGGGCCUAAUGACAGGUCAGAUGUGGAGAAAGGAGGGAAGAUAAUAAUGCCGCCCUCAGCCCUCGAUCAACUCAGCCGACUUAAUAUUACUUAUCCCAUGUUGUUCAAGUUGACCAACAAGAACUCAGAUCGCAUGACACACUGCGGUGUGCUGGAAUUUGUGGCUGAUGAAGGCAUUUGCUACCUCCCACACUGGAUGAUGCAGAAUUUACUACUGGAAGAAGGGGGCCUGGUUCAGGUGGAGAGUGUCAACCUUCAAGUGGCCACAUACUCUAAAUUCCAGCCUCAGAGCCCUGACUUCCUGGACAUCACCAACCCCAAAGCAGUAUUAGAAAAUGCAUUGAGAAACUUUGCCUGCCUGACCACCGGGGACGUGAUUGCUAUCAAUUAUAAUGAGAAGAUUUAUGAACUGAGAGUUAUGGAGACUAAACCUGACAAGGCUGUGUCCAUCAUCGAAUGUGACAUGAACGUGGACUUUGAUGCUCCACUGGGCUACAAAGAACCUGAAAGACAAGUCCAGCAUGAAGAGUCCACCGAAGGUGAAGCUGACCACAGCGGCUAUGUAGGAGAGCUGGGCUUCCGUGCCUUCUCUGGUUCUGGGAAUAGAUUGGACGGGAAGAAGAAAGGUGUGGAGCCCAGUCCUUCCCCGAUCAAGCCCGGAGACAUUAAGAGAGGAAUUCCCAAUUAUGAAUUUAAACUUGGUAAGAUCACUUUCAUCAGAAAUUCAAGGCCUCUGGUCAAAAAGGUUGAAGAGGAUGAAGCUGGGGGAAGAUUUGUCGCAUUCUCUGGAGAAGGACAGUCAUUACGCAAAAAAGGAAGAAAGCCUUAAACUGCAACUGUUGGCUGAAUAGAAAAUAAAAUAACCGAUUGCAAUAUAA